AUGUCAAAAUUCAAUCAAACAAUCUAUGACCGUGACCGUGACCAUAGCAGUGAUCCGUUUAACGAUGAUGAAAACGACUUGAUCGAUAUGGAUACAGUUUCCAAUCCCUAUGCGACUUUUGAUCCACGACGCCAGUAUCCGCAGAUCAACUCAUCUCACGUGCACAGCAUAGGCAACCCGUUCAACGAUCAGUUUAUCAUAUCAGACGAUGAAGAGGACGAUGAGUUCGACGAAAGAGAAAGAGAAAGAGGAGAACAUGAGGCAAGGAGAGGGAAAGGCGGAGAUGGAGACGGAGAUGAUGAUGAUGCACUGCCAUUUGCACAUCAAAAUCAUCGCACCAGGCCCCCGUUGAAUGGAACUCAACAUUCAGAAUUGAGCCUGGACAACGAUUUGAGAGCGAAUAAACGAUUGUUUCGGAAUGAGGGCGAGUACAUGAAUAUAAACGAGGACAAGCCACGAGAUUUCGAUAUAACUCAUAUGUUUAGGCGAAUAAAAAACACGCUAACGGGCAAAAAGCAGACCCACGAUGAGAGGCUGACGAUCCCGCGGCAAAUCUUCAUCAUGGACCAUGCCGCGAAUCAGGGAUCGAAAUUUUACGGUAACCACAUCUCAACCACCAAGUACAACUUUGCCACUUUCUUACCAAAGUUCUUGUUUGAGCAAUUUAGCAAAUACGCCAACUUGUUCUUUUUGUUCACGUCAAUCAUACAACAAGUGCCGCACGUUUCGCCAACUAACCGUUACACCACCAUUGGAACAUUGAUUGUUGUGCUCUUGGUAUCGGCCAUCAAGGAGAUUUCAGAAGACAUCAAGCGUGCAAAUGCCGACAAGGAGUUGAAUAAUACAAAGGUGCUAGUGUUGGACCCAAACACAAACGACUAUGUCUUGAAAAAAUGGGUGAAGGUGCAAGUUGGAGACGUAGUCAAGGUCAAUAACGAAGAGCCCUUCCCGGCAGACUUGGUACUAAUUAGCUCUUCUGAACCAGAAGGGUUGUGCUAUGUGGAAACUGCCAACUUGGAUGGCGAAACCAAUUUGAAAAUCAAACAAGCAAGGUCCGAAACAUCACAUUUGAAGAACCCGGGCGAUCUAGUCCAAGGGUUGUCUCAUGCUGAAAUUGUUUCUGAACAGCCGAAUUCUUCCCUUUACACUUAUGAGGGCAAUUUGAAAAACUUUGAAAGAGGAGCAGAUAUCCCUUUAUCUCCAGAGCAGUUGUUGUUGAGAGGUGCAACUUUGCGAAACACCCAAUGGAUCAUCGGUAUUGUUAUAUUCACCGGGCACGAAACCAAACUAAUGAGAAAUGCCACCGCUACGCCAAUCAAGCGAACGGACGUGGAGAGAAUCAUUAAUCUCCAAAUAAUCGCGCUUUUUUGCGUCUUGAUAGUGUUGGCAUUGAUUUCCUCCAUUGGUAACGUCAUCAAGACCACCGCUGACAAGAGCGAGUUGGGCUAUUUACACUUGGAAGGAACGUCCAUGGCCAAGUUGUUUUUCCAGGACUUGUUGACUUUUUGGAUUUUGUUUUCCAACUUGGUGCCGAUUUCGUUGUUUGUCACCGUCGAGUUGAUCAAGUACUACCAGGCAUUCAUGAUUGGCAGUGACUUGGAUAUGUACUACGAGGAGACCGAUACCCCGACAGGUGUACGAACUUCGUCCCUUGUUGAAGAGUUGGGACAGAUUGACUACAUUUUCAGUGACAAAACGGGGACUUUGACGCGGAAUGUUAUGGAGUUCAAAGCAUGCUCCAUAGGUGGCCACUGUUACACCGAGGAAAUCCCAGAGGACGGACAAGCGCAAUUUGUGGAAGGGGUAGAGAUUGGCUACCACACGAUUGAAGAGCUCCAUUCGAUCUUGUCCGACACUAAUUCACAGCAAUCGGCGAUAAUCAACGAGUUCUUGACGCUUCUCAGUACUUGCCACACGGUGAUACCGGAGGUGAAUGGGUCCAACGUCAAGUACCAAGCCGCGUCUCCCGAUGAAGGAGCACUAGUGCAAGGAGCCGCCGAUUUGGGCUACAAAUUCAUAAUCAGAAGACCCAAAACUGUCACCAUUGAAAACACUCUUACCAAAACACAAUCCGAAUUUGAGUUGCUCAACAUAUGCGAGUUCAACUCCACUAGAAAGAGAAUGUCGGCCAUUUUCCGCUGCCCCGAUGGAGAGAUACGGUUAUUCUGUAAAGGUGCAGACACGGUCAUUUUGGAGCGUCUUUCUCAAAGCGAGCCGCAGCCCUUUGUCGACGCCACCUUGCGACACUUGGAGGACUUUGCUGGCGAAGGGUUGAGAACUUUGUGUAUCGCAUCACGGAUCAUAUCGCAGCAGGAGUACCAGGAGUGGUCUGACAAGUAUUAUCAAGCCUCAACGUCGUUGCAGGACCGAGGCGAUAAGAUGGACGCGGUGGCGGAGUUGAUUGAGACUGACUUGUUCUUGUUGGGGGCCACAGCAAUCGAGGAUAAAUUGCAGGAUGGCGUUCCUGAAACCAUCCAUACCCUUCAGAGCGCGGGUAUCAAGGUGUGGGUAUUAACUGGGGACCGACAGGAGACGGCUAUCAACAUUGGAAUGUCGUGCAAGCUCUUGAGCGAAGAUAUGAAUCUUUUAAUCAUUAAUGAAGAGACCAAAAACGACACAAAGAUAAAUCUCCAGGAAAAAUUGACCGCGAUACAAGAGCACCAGUUUGACGUGGACGACGGCUCCCUCGAGUCAUCGCUUGCGUUGAUAAUCGACGGCCACUCCUUGGGAUUUGCCCUCGAACCUGACUUGGAGGAUCUAUUUAUCGAGUUGGGAAGCAGAUGCAAGGCCGUGAUCUGCUGCAGAGUCUCCCCCUUGCAAAAGGCAUUAGUUGUUAAAAUGGUCAAGCGAAAGAAGAAGAAGUCUUUGCUUUUAGCUAUUGGAGACGGGGCCAAUGACGUUUCAAUGAUACAAGCCGCCCAUGUAGGUGUCGGUAUCAGUGGUAUGGAAGGAAUGCAAGCUGCGCGAAGCGCAGACAUUUCCAUCGGGCAGUUCAAGUACUUGAAAAAAUUGCUUCUUGUCCAUGGGUCUUGGUCCUACCAGCGGAUCUCCACCGCCAUUUUGUACUCGUUCUACAAAAACAUCACUUUGUACAUGACCCAGUUUUGGUUUGUUUUUGCAAACGGAUUUUCCGGCCAGUCGAUUGCCGAGUCAUGGACGUUGACAUUCUACAAUGUGCUAUUCACGGUUUUGCCCCCCUUAGUUUUGGGGAUAUUUGACCAGUUUGUAAGUGCGAGAUUGCUCGACCGCUAUCCACAAUUGUACCAACUCGGACAGCAAAGAAAGUUCUUUAAUGUGGCGAUAUUCUGGGGCUGGAUCAUUAACGGCUUUUAUCACUCGGCCGUUAUUUUCUUGACCUCGUUCUUCAUCUACAGAUACGGAAACGUCUUGUCUAGCGGCAGGACCACUGAUAAUUGGGCGUGGGGUGUUGCAGUGUACACCACAUGUACAUUAACAGCCUUGGGGAAAGCAGCCUUGGUUGUUACCAUGUGGACCAAGUUCACGUUGAUUGCAAUCCCGGGCUCGUUCAUCUUUUGGCUUUGCUGGUACCCGGCAUACGCCACUAUAGCCCCGCUUAUCAACGUGUCAGACGAGUACAGAGGCGUAUUGGCCGUCACCUACCCUUCACUCACCUUCUGGGCCAUGGUCUUUGGUAUUCCCGUGUUGUGCUUGCUCAGAGACUUUACCUGGAAGUACUACAAGAGAAGCUACAUUCCUGAAAGCUAUCACUAUGUUCAAGAAAUUCAAAAGUACAACAUACAAGACCAUAGACCCAGAAUGGAGCAGUUUCAAAAGGCAAUUCGAAAAGUGAGGCAAGUGCAAAGAAUCAAGAAACAAAGAGGUUUUGCUUUCUCGCAGGUCGAAGGUCAAGACCAAGACAAGAUUGUUAGAUUAUACGAUACUACAAAACGGCUGCAAUUGUAA